GGUAUAAACGAAGUUAAAAGGAUUGUUUUGUAUCAGCUGUCAAAAAGAUUCAUUUUAUUAAAAUUAUUGGUUAGCACAAUUCGAAGGGCGGUGUAAAAUAUCAAAGUAAGGAAUGAAAUAAUUUUAUAAUACAAUAUUCGUGGUUGAGAUACACUUAUCUGGUUCACUGAUAAUUAAAAUGGGUGAUAAUUCUGAAAUAAAGAAGCUACAAAAUCAUCUCACCUUACUGAGAGAUGAAUAUUCUAAGCUCCAGAAAAAAUGCAACGAAAUAGAAAUUAAAUACAAUGCCAUUGCUGCUAGUAGUGGAAACAGUUCGGAAGAUACUUUUGCAUUCCGUCUUUUGAAUCAUGUCAGCAAUUUGUAUGGUUCAUCGUUGUAUAGUGAUAUCAAAAUCAAACUUUAUGAUAAAGACAUAAAUGCUCAUAAGUUAGUUUUGGGUGCCAGAUCUGAUUUGUGGAAUGAAACUGUACUUGCUGCUAAAGAAGAAUUAGAUUGGUCUGAUAUUGAUACUGAUGUUGGUACAGCUAUUGUAAAGUGGAUAUAUACAAGUAGUCUUGAAGUUGAUAAUGUUGAAUUUACCCUGAAUAUUCUCAAAAAAGCACAUGAGUUGAAAUUACAUCAGUUGGUGGAGUCCUGUGAACAGUAUUUGAUUUCUAAUGUCAAUAUAAGGAAUUGCGUCAAACUCUACACAGUUGCGGAAAUGUUGAAUGCUGACAGAUUGCUGAAUUACUGCUCUGGAUUGCUGUCUACUCAUUGGAACGACUUGAAUGCUUCAGAUUUCGAAGAUAUGUCAGGCCCAUUAUUGUAUAAGAUGUUGAAAAGUAAAACUACUUAUCCUUUGCAUACUGCUAUCAAAUUAGGUCGAGAAGAUGUAGUCUUCUUGUGCAUGGUAGAGAAUGCAAAUAAGUUGAAAGAGGUCACAAAUGCUUGGAGUGAAGAAGGGGAGUUACCAUUGGAAUUAGCCCUCCGGUCCAAGAAAGAAAGUUUAGCUAAUUCUCUCAUUCAGCACAAUAGCGAUGUUAAUAUCAGAGACAAAGACGGAGAAGCCCUAAUCCAUAGGGCCAUCAAGAGGAGAGACAGUUAUUCUAUUUUGUUUCUGCUGGACAAUAACGCUGAUACCACUUUAACCAUUCCAAAGAGCAAAGAUUCACCUCUCCAUUUGUUAGCUGCCUCUCAAAGCCUAGACCAAGCUGAUAUCAUAGCCGAAAAGAUGCUAAGAUCAGGCGUCAACAUCAACGCCCAAAACACCCAAGGAUUCACCGCUCUCCACAUAACCAUUCAAAGUAACAAUAAGCAGCUAUUCAAGGUGCUAUUGGAUCAAUCCGGCAUCAAUCUCAACGUGAAAACCCAAGAAGAUCAUACGCCAUUAUAUUACGCAUUAAUCCAUUAUGAUGACGAUCACGAAGAACCCGAUGACACCUACGCUAACCUCCUGAUCAAUAGAAACGUAGCCACAGAUUCUUUGUAUUCGAAGCACAACAAUGAUAGUCUGCUUCAAGUUAUAACUUCCGCAGGUCUGCAGAACGCCUCGUUGUUUCUAAUCUCUCAUGUUACCAAUAUAGACCAUAUGAAUCAAGACGGCAAAUCUGCGCUGCAUACUGCAUGCGCCCAAAACUUAGGAGAGGUGGCCUUGAAACUUAUAGAGAGGGGGGCGAAUCCGAACCUACAGACUUACGAGGCUAGACAAGCGCCCUUACAUUUCUGUGUCUUGAAUAAGUCCAUUGAUUGCAUCAAAGCUUUCAUCAAGUUUAACGAAAACAUCGCGAAAGGCUUGUAUUCAGAUAGUGAGGUGAAAGUUUCACCUGUUGAUUUCGAUGUAAGGGACGCCGAAGGUGAUACUCCAAUAAUGGUAGCCGUGAAUAAAGGCCAUGAUUAUAACGAAGUGGUGCUCUUGUUGAUUGAAGGAAAAGCCGAUGUUAACGUGAGAAACAACAACGACUUCACCCUGUUGCAUCAAGCGAUAAUGAAAGAGGACUUGAAGACCUCAUUGUUCUUGCUGGAAAAUGGAGCAGAUGUUAAUGCAGAAACUCCAGAUUCUGAGUCUCCUCUCCAAUUGGCCAUUCAUUGUCGAUUGGGAGAAGUAGUUGAUGCCUUGUGUAGCAGAGGUGUAGACAUGUCCGCUAAAGACAAAUCCGGUUUCUGCCCUCUGUGGGCAGCUUUAGAAACUGAGCAGUUCAAUAUAGCUAGUAUUCUUGUGAGACAUGGCGCUGAUACAGAUUGUUGGGGCGAAGGUCCUGACAAAUGUCAACAAACACUCCUACAUCGAGCCAUCGACGAAAAUAAAGAAGCCGCUGCUAUAUUUUUGAUACAAGCAGGAUGUGAUAUAGAUUGUCACAGGUUACCUGGUCCUAACGGUGAGGGAGGGGAAGAAGCGAGAGAUAAAGCUUCACCAUUACACCUCAGUUGCCAGUGGGGCCUUGAUACGGUAGUAAGGACUCUCAUUGAACAUCGAGCGAACGUGAAUAAUAAGGACGCAGAUAACGCAACCCCCCUCCAUAUAGCUAUAGAAAAUCAACGAGACGAUAUGAUAGCACUACUCUUGGCAGUACCAGAAAUUGACCUCAGUUUGAGAGACAAGAAUGGUCUGAGUCCUUUCGCAACUGCUCUAACUGUUAGGAACAAUAAGGCUGCUCAGGUUAUACUGGAUAAAAUGCCAAAUGCUGCUGAGCAGUUUGAUAGUAAAGGUCAGAAUUUCCUACAUGUGGCGAUCAAAAAGAAAGACAUAGAGAGUGUUCUUUUUUUAUUGACCGUCAACGUUGAUGUCAAUUCGAGGGUGCAGGAUGCGAUGUUGACUCCGCCUCUUCAUUUAGCAGCCAAAUAUGGAGAUGAAACUAUGGUCAGAAGUCUUAUACUGGCGGGUGCUAGAGUCGAUGAUAGAAAUGCACAAAAAAGAACGGCUCUACAUGUAGCUGCCGAAGAAGGAAAUGCUCCAAUAGUAUCUGCUCUGCUCCAAAAUCAUGCAGAUUGUGAUGCUGUGGAUUGCGAGAGUGAUAAUGCUCUGCACAUUGCCGUUCGGGAGGGUAAUUUAGCUGUGGUUAAGAUAUUAUUGACAGAAUCAGAUAUAGACGCUGGUGCCUUCAAUUUAAAGGGUAGAAAUCCCUUGCAUGAACUAUGCAAGUAUGGCAAGGAUAACGCUGCUGCCAUAUGUGAUUUCUUCUUGGAGUGUAUGCCAGAUUAUCAGAUUGACAAACCGGACAUCAAUGGCAAUUCUCCCUUGCUACUAGCAUACAUGAAAGGAAAUGCAAAUUUGUGCCGGAGUCUCAUCAAAGCAAAUAUUUGUUUGGGAACGGAAAAUAAUGAAAAGAUAACGAUUUUCAAUUAUCAGGUUCCAAGUAAACAUCUAUUGAAUCGUUUGUUAGACCAGUUGUCUCAGCCAUCGAAGUGGACCCACACAGACUUUUGUCAAGAAUGUGGAAAAGGUUUUUCGAUAACAUCAAGAAAACAUCAUUGUAGGCAUUGUGGCAGAGCUCUCUGUAGUAGAUGUUCGGAUCAAGAAGUUCCCAUCAUCAAAUUUGGAGAAAAUAAACCAGUAAAGGUUUGCAAUAUUUGCUUUGAUGUGUUGAAAGGGGGAUUCAAUUGAGAGCUGGCCAGUUUUAUCAACCCAUUCCAAAAAGUAAAUUGAAUUUGGUUCGAAGAAAUCAUUUUGGAAAAGUUUGUCAACGAUUAUUUUCAAUUCAAUUGUUGAAGGAGACACUCUAAACAUGUGAUAUAAACUUUUCUCUUUAUAUUAAUUUUUAAAUUUAGAAUAUAAAUCUGAAUAAUCUUUAUAUAAUAUGUUGUAUUUAAAAUAUUGAAUUUUUAGGUUCUUGCUUGGUAAACAUUGUUGUUAAUGUUUGAACAAAAAGUCGCUUUAUUUUUAAGAUAUUUUACAAAAAAUAAAAUAAUUUAAAUAGUA